CCGACGCAGCCGCCGACGCCGCGGACGGUACCGUUUCUCCCGCAAACGCCGUGGCGGCCCUGCCUCCCAGCCCCUUCCUGGGCGACUUCAACUACGGAGUGCAACCGGCGUUUGAGACGCCGCCGCUGCGGCUGUUCCUGGGAGAGCGCGGCCAGGCGGCGCUGUGUGCGAACUGGUGGUAUGUGGACAGCGAGAGCAGCACCAUUCGGGGGCCGUACAGCCCGGAGCAGAUGAUGCUGAGCUAUGUGGCGGGCUGCCGGGAGCUGCAUGAGGAGACGCUGGUUUGCGGCACGGACGCGGAC